UAUCAGCUUAUCGGCAUUCGUUGUCCACCGUUAUCCGCCGAGCACAUGCUAAUGUCCCCUAUAACUUCUUACUCACUUCUUCGGUAAUAUCAUCACAUCAUGCCGAGUCUAAAGUCGCAUGUCACCCGGUCGUAACAGCACUUUUAAUACGAUUUCGAACACCAUGAGCUGAUCGAUCGUCGAAUUAGCAAUCCCGAGGUUCUACCACACUCUCGAAAUGGUCAAGGAACAGUACAGGGACACCGACGGGUCGCGCAUAAUAUCUAAGAUCAGCUUUACUGUCGACAACCCUCAAGACAUUCAGAGGAAAUCACAUCUAUGCAUAAAUACCAGGAACCUGUAUGCUAUAAAUAAUCAGAAUGUUGCCACGCGUACGCCGCAUCCGUAUGGAGUACUGGAUCAUAAAUUGGGAGUCAACCAAAAAGAUGCAACAUGUAUGACUUGCAACAAAGGGCUAAAUGAUUGCCCGGGGCACAUGGGCUUCAUAGAUUUACAAUUACCAGUCUUUCAUGUGGGCUUUUUCAGUUCGGUCAUUACAAUAUUACAGACAAUUUGUAAAAACCCAUUUUGCGCCAAAGUAUUAUUAAACAAUGAAGAUCGAAUGUUUUUCUAUACUAAAUUGAGAAACAAAAAUUUAACCUACACAAUGCGUAAAAAAGUUUUUAAAGAAGUUCACGCCAAAGCAAAAAAAGUACAGAUAUGUCCAUUUUGCAAUGACAUUGUAGGUCAAGUAAAAAAAAAUGGUAUUUUGAAAAUCUCAUAUGAUCGUUAUCGGUAUAAAAAACCUGGUGCUGAAGCUGAAACCAAAUUAUGUGCUUUGAACGGUGUCAUUAAGUAUAACAAAGAAGUGGAAUCUAUGCGAAAUUUUUUAUUCAAUGAAAACCUCAAUCCUCAAGAAGUUCUUCGUUUAUUGUUGUCCAUACCGUAUGAAGACAUUAUAUUAUUGGGUAUGAAUCCUGAAGUGUCUAAUCCUGGAUGGUUGUUAAUGACAAGAAUGUUGGUACCUCCAAAUUGUAUUCGUCCAUCUGCAGUCUCUGACAUACGAUCUGGAACUAAUGAAGAUGACUUAACAUUAAAGUUAUCUGAAGUAUUGUUUAUCAAUGAUGUGAUUGUGAAGCAUAAACAGUCUGGUGCCAAACCCCAAUUGCUACAUGAGGACUGGGAAUAUUUGCAAUUACAUUGUGCACUUUAUAUUAAUAGUGAUUUAUCUGGUGUUUCACGAACAAUGAUGCCAAAAAAAAUUGCGAGAGGAUGUGUUCAGCGCUUAAAAGGAAAACAUGGACGGUUCCGUGGUAAUUUGUCUGGUAAAAGAGUAGACUUUACAGCACGAUCCGUCAUUUCACCUGACCCAAAUCUUCGAAUAGAAGAAGUUGGUGUUCCUGUUCGUAUGGCUAAAAUUUUAACAUAUCCUCAAAAAGUAUGCCCAGCCAAUAUUGAAUUAAUGCGUAAACUAGUUAUGAAUGGACCUGAAAUUCAUCCAGGUGCUAAUUUUGUGGAACUUCAAGGUUCUAAAUUAAAAAAAUACUUGAGGUUCGGAAACAGACCAGCUAUAGCUAAAGAUUUAAAAAUUGGAGAUAUUGUUGAAAGACAUUUAUCUGAUGGUGACAUAGUAUUGUUCAAUCGACAGCCAAGUCUUCAUAGAUUAAGCAUUAUGUGUCAUAGAGCAAAAGUUUUAGAACAUAACACAUUAAGGUUUAACGAAUGUGUAUGUACUCCUUAUAAUGCCGAUUUUGAUGGUGAUGAAAUGAAUUUGCAUUUACCACAAACUGAAGAAGCUAGAGCUGAAGCUGGUUUGUUAAUGAUUAAUAAAUCAAACCUAGUCACACCUAGAAAUGGUGAUAUUCUUAUUGCUGCGACUCAAGAUUUUAUUACUGGAGCUUAUUUAUUGACACAUAAAAAUACUUUUCUUAAUCGAAGAGAUGCUAGUAGACUGAUAGGUUGGUUAAUGUCUGGUGAUGAUGUUAACAUUGCUUUAGAUUUACCACGUCCAGCUAUUCUCAAACCUCACAUGCUUUGGACUGGUAAACAAAUAUUAAGCAUAAUUAUGAAACCAAGUAAAAAAUGCUUGGUAAAAGCUAAUCUACGGUGUAAAGGAAAAUCAUAUACUCGUGAUGAAGAAUUUUGUUUCAGAGAUUCUUACGUUUACAUAAGAAAUUCUGAAUUAUUGGCUGGCACUAUGGAUAAAGCAACAUUAGGUUCAGGCAGUAAAUCAAAUAUAUUUUAUAUAUUAUUGGCUGACUGGGGUACUGAUGUUUGUUGCAAAGUAAUGUGGCGUUUAACACGUCUUACAUCAUAUUUUUUAAUGUUAAGAGGAUUUUCUAUUGGCAUUGGUGAUGUCACGCCUAGUAAUGAUUUGUUACGUUCUAAAAACAAAUUGGUUUUCAAUGGAAAUGCACUUUGUGAAGAAAAUAUUCGCUUAAGAAAUGCAAAAGAAUUGAAGUGUCAACCUGGUUGCAAUAUGGAUGAAACUUUAGAGGCAAAUAUUCUAAAACAAUUGUCUGGUAUUCGAGAUUCUGUAGGUAAAGCUUGUUUGCAAGAACUUCACUUCACUAAUGGUCCAUUGAUCAUGGCACUCUCUGGAUCUAAAGGAUCCAAUAUUAAUAUAUCUCAGAUGAUUGCCUGCGUAGGCCAACAAGCUUUGAGUGGACAUCGUGUACCAGAUGGAUUUGAGUCUAGAUCACUACCUCAUUUUAAACGUUUCUCAAAAACUCCAGAAGCUAAAGGUUUUGUAGAGAACAGCUUUUAUUCCGGUUUAACACCAACAGAGUUCUUCUUUCAUACAAUGGGUGGUCGUGAAGGUCUUGUUGAUACAGCUGUAAAAACUGCAGAAACUGGUUACAUGCAACGGCGUCUUGUUAAAUCUUUGGAAGAUUUAUGCAUACAUUAUGACAAUACUGUGCGUAAUGCAUUCGGAGAUGUUAUACAGUUUGAAUUUGGAGGUGACAGCUUAGAUCCUACUUAUACAGAAGGUGAUGGUGUCCCAGUUGAUCUUAAACGUGUAUAUUUCAAUGUGACUGCUAACUAUCCAUGCCAUGAAGAAUGUACACUAGACUCUGAUGAAAUAUUAAAAAUUACUGAUGAUGUUUUAUUAUCUGAUAAUUUUAAAUUAGUAAAUAAUAUAUUUAUAGAAGAAUUAAGAAAUUUUGGAAAACAUUUAUCAAACCGUAUGGCUGAAGUAAGAAAAAAAUGGUUGAGCUUAGAAGUUUCAAAACUACAACGAAUAACAUCUACACAAUUAAUCAAAUUUUAUAUGACUUGUCUUACCAAAUAUAUGUCAGCUAUAAUUGAACCAGGAACUCCUGUUGGAGCUAUUGCAGCUCAAAGUAUCGGUGAGCCAGGCACACAAAUGACACUGAAAACUUUUCAUUUUGCUGGUGUUGCUUCAAUGAAUAUUACUCAAGGUGUGCCUAGAAUCAAAGAAAUUAUUAACUCGAGUAAAAAUAUAAGUACUCCCAUUAUAACAGCAUAUUUAGAAAAUGAUAAGGACAAAGAAUUUGCAAGAAUUGUUAAGGCUCGUAUUGAACAAACAACUUUAACAGAAGUAUGUAGUUUUAUUGAUGUAGUACUUCACAGUUCUGAAUGCUAUCUUUUAGUACACAUAGACAUGAAUCGUAUAAAACUCUUACAACUUGAAGUAACAAUUGAGACAAUUAGAGAUAGCAUACUUACUACUCCACGUAUUGGAAUUAAAGCCAGUCAAGUGAAUAUUGACAAUGAAUCAUGUGUUAGUAUAGCUUUACCAAAUAAAGGCAAUCAAACAUUAAAUCAUUGGAUAAAUAUAUACAUGCAAAAUUUGCAAAAAGUUAUAAUUAAGGGUAUUAGUGCAGUUACACGGGCUGUAAUUCAUGAAGAAGAUGACAAUGGUGAAAUACGUUAUAAAUUACUUGUUGAAGGUGAUAACUUGCGGGAAGUAAUGGCUACACCAGGAGUAAUAGGAAAACGAUGCACCAGCAAUAAUACGUUUCAAGUGUGGAAUGCACUUGGCAUAGAAGCAGCUAGGUCUACAAUAAUAUCAGAAAUAGAUAGUGUGAUGGGUAAUCAUGGAAUAUCAAUCGACCCUCGACAUCCUAUGCUUAUUGCUGAUUUGAUGACAAGUCGGGGUGAAUUAUUGGGUAUAACACGUUUUGGCUUGUCUAAAAUGAAAGAAUCUGUACUGAAUCUCGCUUCGUUUGAGAAAACUUCUGAUCAUUUAUUUGAUGCCGCAUAUUAUGGACAAACUGAUACUAUAAAUGGAGUAUCUGAGAGUAUAAUCAUGGGUAUUCCCAUCAACUUGGGUACUGGAUUUUUCAAACUAAUUUACAAGACCAAAAACAAUGUCACAAAGUUGCCAAAACAGACAUUCAUAUUUGAUGAUCCUGAAUUACAUGAAAAUGGAUGUUAUUGGCAAUAAUACUUUAUGUAGAUUGCGGUAUUAAUAUUUACUAUAUUUUGUUAAUUAUACAAUUUUCAUCUGUGAUAUUAGUUAUUUGUGGUAUAUUUAAAAGGAGUCACCAUAUUAAUACUUACAUGGACACUGCAUCACUUGAAUCAUGAAACUAAUCAGUUACAAUUUAUUAUUUUAAUUAUUAACUGUGUACUUUUAUUAUAUUGU